AACCAUCGCCCACAAAUGUCUACGACGACGACGACGACGAAGAAGAAGAAUCCCUGCCGCUAUAAAACCCUUUGGCCCCCCGAGUCAGAACACCGAAUACCUCAAGUCCCUUCCACAACUGUGCGCUCAAACCGACCUCCAUAUACAGAAGGUCAACAAGUUCUCAAAACAUCGAUAGACGCUUUCCCAUACAAAGGAAUAGCCAGUGUUAGCCAAAUGAAGGCAUUCAUCGUGUUGGCCUUUGCUACCGCCGUGGCUCAUGGCGGUUUUCUUGGGGGUGGCGGCGGUGGAGGUGGCUUUGGAGGCGGUGGCCACGAGGGUGGCUUCGGAGGCAGUGGUGACCAUGGAGGUGACGGUUACUUUAGUGGCGCUGGAGUAAUCGAGCCGCGUACCAGUAAUGCUGGCCAGGACGAGGACAACGCGGCCUUAUCGGCCGUAGGUCUCGCCCGUAUGCUUGGUGCCAGUAGCCUGAGUGGCCACGGAGGCCAUGGUGGCGAAAGCAGUGGCGCCACUUACACGAUCUCCGGACCAACCCAGGUGAUUAAGUCGGUCCAUAAAAUCACAACUACUAAUGCCGGUGGUCAGGUCUUAUCACGCAGCGCAGGUAGCGGCGGUCAUGGAGGCGGUGGCCAGUCAAAGAUUAUCAUCAUUAAGAGCGCAGGAGGCAGUGCAGGUCACGGAGGCCACGGAGGCCACGGAGGGAAUGGUGGCGGCGGCGGAUGGCAAGCCGGAGGUAACGGAGGCAAUGGUGGAGGCGGAUGGCAAGCUGGAGGUAGCGGAAAUGGCGGUGGAUGGCAGGCCGGUGCAGCCGGGAAUGGAGGAGCAGGUUGGCAAGCUGGAGGAGGCGGGAAUGGAGGAGCCGGUUGGCAAUCCGGAGGAGGUGGAAAUGGCGGAGGAUGGUAAAAGAUUACCAUCGAAGUCUCUCAGCCACAACGCCAAUGGCAGUGUUAAAUGCGCAUUAGAAAUAUCAUCAUCUCAACGAGACUGUUACUACUAGACGCUGUCAGUGAGCUAACAUUCUAGAUCUACUAGGUUGAUCUGUAGCUCGAACGCUAUUCGCUACGCUAUAGUACGCUAUUAUGAUACAAUGUAGUCAGGUAAGAGUUAAUGACUUGCCUACUUCUUAGAUAUGAGCGUAGCCCUUGCUGGAAUUGUAGAUCAACAGCUAGUAGCGCGAGUACCUCUGUCUACGUAUUAUGAACAUAAGUGAGCGGAUGCGAUUAUUGGAAGGAUAAUUACUGCUACUACUUUUCCGAAUGGAAGCUUCUGCCAUAAACGUUAGGCGAUCCCGCGUGCAUCGAAGCAGGAGGCUGAGAGAAGUCCUGUAGCACAUAAAACUCUGUAUAGAAUAGAACCACUAAUGUAUAUGACAUUUAUAUAUAGAUACAUGACAUGCACACAACCGAAAAACAAACACGCUUCUAUUGUGUUAAUAAUGAUGAACAUAGGUGCUCUAAAUGUACAGUGUAAAUAAAUGUCAUGUGUAUGUUUACAAAGAUAAA